GCCAGUCUCUUCUUCGGCCUCCCGGCGGCGCCUUCCUCCGCCCUUUAACCCUUUAGAAACCGGCCUGAUUCGAGCUCCUCAUUUCUGCGCGCAGAGGCCCGGCCGACGCUUGCUUCUCCGCCGGGGGCUUCAGACCAUUGGCUGCGUUUGCACUGUGAGGCUGCCAGCCUCUCCAGCAUCCAUCUGAUGGAGAAUGUGGCACGUGGCCUUCCGGCUGGGGCGAUGGCUGCCGUACUGAAGCCCAGUGAGGGACUACCUGAAGGAAGCGUGUCUGUACGUGGCUAUGACUUUGACCAUGGACUGGACUACCACGCUUUGCUCCAGUCUUACCUGACCACGGGCUUCCAGGCCACUAGCUUUGGGCAGGCUGUGAAUGAGAUUAACCGCAUGAUAGAAGCAAAGCUGACUCCCCUGGGGGACGAGGAAGGGAACCAUGUUGACCUGAAUCCCUGUUCACGUCACCUAACUGGCUGUACCAUCUUCCUGGGCUUCACCUCCAACCUCAUCAGCUCAGGUAUCCGUGAGGCCAUUCGCUACCUGGUGCAACAUAAGAUGGUGGAUGUUCUGGUAACCACAGCAGGUGGAGUUGAAGAAGACCUGAUCAAAUGCUUGGCCCCCACCUAUAUUGGGGACUUCAGCUUGCGUGGGAAGGAGCUCCGGCAGAACGGGAUUAACAGAAUUGGGAAUCUGCUGGUGCCCAAUGACAACUACUGCAAGUUUGAAGACUGGCUGAUGCCAAUCCUGGACCAGAUGGUGACAGAGCAGGACACAGAGGGUGUGAAGUGGACACCAUCAAAGCUCAUUGCCCGGCUUGGCAAGGAAAUCAACAAUCCUGAAUCGGUCUAUUACUGGGCACAAAAGAACAGCAUUCCUGUCCUCAGUCCUGCGCUGACCGACGGCUCCCUGGGGGACAUGAUUUUCUUCCACUCCUAUAAGAAGCCAGGCCUCGUACUGGACAUUGUGGAAGAUCUGAGGCUCAUCAACACCCAGGCCAUCUUUGCCCGGAAGACAGGAAUGAUCAUCUUGGGUGGAGGCCUCGUCAAGCACCACAUUGCCAAUGCCAACCUGAUGAGAAAUGGAGCUGACUUUUCAGUAUAUAUCAACACGGCACAAGAGUUUGAUGGCUCAGAUUCCGGGGCGCGGCCUGAUGAGGCAGUAUCCUGGGGGAAAAUACGUAUGGAUGCAAAACCUGUCAAGGUUUAUGCCGAUGCUUCCCUGGUGUUCCCGCUGCUGGUUGCAGAGACUUUUGCCCAGAAAUCCAAUGCCUUUGCUCCAGAAAAGCAAAACGACUAAACCGGAGGCUUCUUGGAUGUCCGGAUCCAUCUGUACCUGCCCAACCCGUACGCACUACCCCGUAGUUGCUGGUGCUUGCACAGAAACCAUGUGGAUGACGGCAAAAGAACUGUUAACUGCUAUAAGAUCUUGAUCCUUCUCCAUCCACCAUGAAUAAGGGCUGCGCCCUAGUCUCUUGUUCUGAAAGCAGAUCUCUUCUCCCCCUUCUAGUCCACGUUUGGUCUAAUGAGUUUGUCAGGAGGACAAUUUCUUUCCGCUUUCUCCUUCUGGGUCUUCUUCAUCUGAAAACAGCAUUUGGGAGCAAAGACUGUUUGGGUUGUUUCGAGAGCUUGCUUCUUCUGUGAAACUGAGAUGGUCUCAGGAUUCUAGAGUGGCUUUGUCCCUUAUACUUGGCUUUGGCUUGCAGAAAAGUUUUGAGUGGCCUAAGUCAUCUUUGUCCGUCCGUUGUCUGCCCUUCCCUUCCUUGUUUAAACUCUUAGAUUUCCCCAUUGGUCCCCUCUUACUUAUUUAUUGGUGUAUUUUGUUUGGAACUGCCUGACAACUCCAGCUUUCUAA